AUGUCUCUUCGCAUUCGCUCUCUCUUCGAUCGAAGAGGUGUGGCAGAGAAAAAGGCAGCCCAUGCAAAGGCUGUCGAAGUGAUGGACGAAAUCUACGAUCUCAUCGAGGAACACUGCAGUUUUGGCACUCACAUCGACACUGAGCUUUUAAUGACACUGAAGACAGACUGCAGAGAUCUGGAUCUGGCUAACCACGGCACCUAUCCAGACCCCUUUCUUCCUGUCUUCUUCGAACCACUGCCUCCCGAACAGCUCCCUCCCGUGGACCUCCGUGAUGCUGAGACUAAGAAGAAAUACGAAUUUACCAAAAAAGUACUGUCAGGGCCCUCACACUAUGAGAGAACUGCUCAUGAUAGCGCACACUCGCUGUCCUCGAACAUAAUGUCGACAUUUUCAACACUCCCUCGUGAAGUCCCGGGAGAAAGAUCUCUUAGCUUGAAGCGAUUGAGCGGCUGGCUCGGGACCGAUUUCUCUCCUUCCAUUAUCGAUGACGAGUUUGAUAACUUUGUCUUCGAAUCACUGGAAUGGAAUCCCGGCAACGCAUUUACGACUCUAACGAGCUGUUCUACUACUCAUGUCAUGUUUAGUUUGAUUUUGGGAUACGAACCUGACGAGAGACUUCUGCGAGCAGAGCUUACAUCGAUCGCGGCAGCGAUCAUCACACGGCUCGCAGACCCUGAGUACGAGGAUCACAGCGUUAUCCCUGUAAUGGUUAUUUCUUUGCUCGGAAGAAGGAAGGUGCGGAUCCUACAAGCACACAACAAUCGUGGAGGAAUUGUUAUUCGAAAGAGUGGCUUUAUCAGAUUCAACUCCCCUGAAGAAGCGACGGACAACAUGGAUCUUCUUAUGCGAUUCAUGGCGAGUAAUAGAGUUGGCGACACUGUUGAUCCAAAGAACUUCUUCGGCCCCGAGACCCCACCGACCAUUCCGGGGCACAGCGCCGCUGGGUCAUCGCAAGAGGAGCUUCCCGAGGAGAUCCCAGAGACCAUGUCACGUCUCAGUCUGACAAUAGCCAGGCAAGGCAGCGUUCGGGUGAAGAACUUUCUGAGGUCGAUUCGCAGCCGUCCACGUGUAAUCUCUGGGGGCCGUGAUAUAUUUCAACCUGGAAAGCCUGAGAGCCCUCCCAGAGAUCCCUCCUUGCCUUUCGAAUCGGAUCCCGAAAGGCGUCUGUUCACUCGGUCGGACGAGCAGGAAGUACAAGUACCAAGCACCUCCGCUCCAAAGCAGGAGGGGGGUCACCCUAUCACUAGAUCCGACGAGCAUGAGUUACACAGAGCGCCUGUUUCGAGGGACCUCGACCCACAGACACCAGAGGAGCUGAGUUAUGUCCCGUUCCUAUGA